GUCAAUGUCUAACGUAUUCCGAAAUACUGUCGACUCGGAAAAAUAAUAACGAAAAUAAAAUAAAUCUUGAAUAAAUCAUAUUGAUUACAUUUUUCAAUCAAGCCUAAAUAAAUUAUAUUUAGGUUUCCAUUGGAAUUACCUACUUUUCAUGUAGAAGCGGCGAAGCUUAUAUUCUAAUAUACUUCAAUGGGUGGACUACAUGAAAAAGCGCGUGUCUGGGAAUCAAACAAAGGUCUACGAGAACCUAUAAAAACUAUAGAGGACAAAUGGAAGUUGGUGCCAUCGUUUCUGCAAGUCAAAGGUCUUGUUAAACAACAUAUAGACUCAUUUAACUAUUUUAUAAAUGUGGAAAUCAAGAAAAUUGUUCAAGCUAAUGAGAAAGUAUUUUGUGAUGCUGAUCCACUUUUUUAUAUCAAAUAUUUGAAUGCAUAUGUUGGCACCCCUGAUCUAGAGGAGGGAUUUAAUGUCUCAAAACCAACUACCCCACAUGAAUGUCGUUUAAGGGACAUGACUUAUUCUGCUCCUAUCACAGUUGAUAUUGAGUACAUCAGAGGCAACCAGCGAGUCAUCAAAAACAAGCAGUUGAUUGGCAGAAUGCCUUUGAUGCUGAGGUCUUCAAAUUGCGUUCUCACAAAUAAGUCAGAUUUUGAAUUGGCCCAGCUGAAUGAAUGUCCACAUGACCCUGGCGGUUAUUUCAUCAUUCGAGGACAAGAAAAAGUGAUCCUGAUCCAAGAGCAAUUGUCUAGGAACAGAAUGAUAGUUGAUGAGUUCAAAGGAGCUAUCCAGUGUCAAGUUACAAGUUCUACACACGAAAAGAAAACGAGGACAAAUGUUAUUGUGAAGAAUGGAAAAUAUGUGCUAAGACACAAUGCAUUAUCUGAUGACAUUCCAAUAGCUAUAGCCUUUAAAGCUAUGGGAAUCUGCAGUGACCAGGAGAUAAUGCAGUUGAUUGGCACUGAUGAUAACACUGUGAAGAAAAUGGCUCCUUGUAUUAUGGAUUGUCACAAUUUGAAAAUCUUUACACCAAAUCAAGCAUUAGCAUACAUCGGUAGCAAGCUGAAAGUGAAAAGAUUUCAAACGGCAAAUUCUAAGUCUCGUACUCCUAUUGAUGAAGCUCGAGAUCUUUUAGCCACAACUAUAUUAGCUCAUGUUACAGUAGAAAACUUUAACUUCUAUGUCAAAGCCAUUUAUUUGGCCAUCAUGGUAAAGAGAGUGAUAGAAGCGGAAACAAAUAAGGCAGCUAUUGACGACCCCGAUUAUUAUGGAAAUAAACGAUUGGAACUGGCGGGGUCCUUAUUGGCUUUGAUGUUUGAAGAUUUAUUCAAAAGAUUCAAUUGGGAAUUGAAGUCCAUAGCAGAUAAAAUAAUACCGAAGGUGAAAGCUGCACCCUUCGAUGUAGUGAAGCAUAUGCGGCCCGAUUUAAUCGCUAAUGGGUUAUUCACGGCUAUAUCUUCUGGAAAUUGGACCAUCAAAAGGUUUAAAAUGGAAAGGCAUGGGGUAACUCAAGUACUCAGCCGACUUAGUUACAUAUCAGCAUUGGGUAUGAUGACCAGAGUUAAUUCUCAAUUUGAGAAAACUAGAAAGGUUUCAGGGCCUCGGUCUCUUCAGCCUUCACAGUGGGGUAUGCUUUGCCCUUCCGACACACCUGAAGGAGAGGCUUGCGGUCUUGUCAAGAACUUGGCGUUAAUGACGCACAUCACUACUGAAUGUUCGGAGGAACCGAUAGCGAGAUUAGCUUGUAAUGCCGGCGUCGAGGACGUGAGAUUACUAGGAGGAGAAGAAAUAAAUCAUCCCGCCGUUUACAUGGUAUUCCUAAAUGGUAACAUUCUAGGUGUUACGAGGCAGUACAAACGUCUUAUCCGGGUAUUCAGAAUGUUCAGAAGGCGCGGUCUAAUCUCGGCAUUUGUUUCUAUUUAUCCAAACCACAAUCAGAGAACUGUGUAUAUUUGCAGCGAUGGCGGUAGACUAUGUCGGCCAUAUAUUAUUGUCGAGAAUGGUUAUCCUUUAGUACAGCAAGGCCAUAUAAAAGAACUUAAUAGAGGCAUAAGAAAAUUUCAGGAUUUCCUUUCAGAUGGACUUAUCGAGUAUUUAGAUGUCAAUGAAGAGAAUGAUAGUCAUAUUGCAACUGUUGAAGCUGAAAUUGACCCAUAUGUGACUACACAUCUUGAGAUUGAACCUUUCACUAUUUUGGGCGUGUGUGCUGGUCUUGUACCAUAUCCUCAUCAUAAUCAAAGUCCUAGGAAUACUUAUCAAUGCGCUAUGGGUAAACAAGCAAUGGGAACAAUAGGUUAUAAUCAAAAGAAUAGAAUUGAUACACUUAUGUAUAAUUUAGUGUAUCCGCAAUGCCCUAUGGUAAAAACUCGGACAAUAGAACUGACAAACUUCGACAAGCUGCCUGCUGGACAAAAUGCCACAGUUGCUGUGAUGAGUUACAGUGGAUACGACAUUGAAGACGCGUUGAUUCUCAAUAGAGCUUCAAUCGACAGAGGGUACGGUCGUUGCCUAGUUUAUAAAAGUGCAAAAACAACCAUGAAGAGGUACAGCAAUCAGACUUCAGACAGAAUUUUAGGCCCAUCUAGAGAUGCAAAUACAGGAAAAAUUAUUAGAGCGCAUGAAAUAUUAGAUACUGAUGGCAUUGCCGCGCCUGGGGAAAUGGUAGAGAACAGGCAAGUUCUGAUCAACAAACAAAUGCCGCCGGCCACAAUCAAUCCCGUGCCCCAAGGUCAACCGCAGCAAGUGGAAUACAAAGAUGUACCAGUCACAUAUAAAGGACCUGUCGAGUCUUACAUUGAAAAAGUCAUGGUGUCGUCAAAUUCAGAAGAUGCUUUUCUUAUAAAAAUACUGCUUAGGCAAACAAGAGUUCCGGAGAUCGGUGAUAAGUUCAGUUCUCGGCACGGACAGAAGGGAGUGACGGGGCUUAUAGUGCAGCAGGAAGACAUGCCAUUCAACGACAGAGGCAUCUGUCCCGACAUGAUCAUGAACCCGCACGGUUUCCCCUCGAGAAUGACAGUUGGGAAAACCAUAGAGUUGCUUGCUGGGAAAGCUGGCCUUAUGGAAGGGAAAUUUCAUUAUGGUACUGCAUUUGGUGGCUCGAAGGUUCAAGACGUAUGCAAUGAAUUGGAAAAACAUGGUUAUAAUUAUCAAGGCAAAGAUAUUUUCUAUUCUGGUUUGACUGGAGAACCCUUGGAAGCGUAUAUUUACUCAGGCCCAGUGUAUUACCAGAAGCUGAAGCACAUGGUGCAGGACAAGAUGCACGCUCGAGCGCGCGGCCCGCGCGCCGUGCUCACGCGGCAGCCCACGGAGGGGCGCUCGCGCGACGGCGGCCUGCGCCUGGGGGAGAUGGAACGAGACUGCCUAAUCGGAUAUGGCGCCAGCAUGUUGCUGAUGGAGCGCCUGAUGCUGGCAUCGGACGCGUUCAGCGCGGACAUCUGCGGCGCGUGCGGGCGGCUGGCGGCGCGCGCCUGGUGCCACGCGUGCCGCUCGUCCGCCGCCGUCUCCACCGUCGACAUGCCCUACGCAUGCAAGCUGCUGUUCCAGGAACUGGCCUCUAUGAAUAUAGUGCCUAAGCUUACUCUUAAGAAAUAUUCGUGA